CAAUAACGAAGAUCACUCAUACAGCGCCAAGCAGCGAUUUGAAGAGCAUAGUCGCAAUAUUUUUUUUGAAAGAUUGAUUGCCAUACUAUAAUUCGACCCUCAAUUUCGGUCCAACAUCUACAAUGCCGCCUACUCAAUUGCCAGAGUCGGGCAAUCCGCUCGUCUUCUUUGACAUGACGCUGGGAGGCGAACCCCUCGGCCGCAUCACCUUUGAGCUCUUCAAAGACGUCGUGCCCAAAACCGCAGAGAACUUUCGACAAUUCUGCACCGGCGAAUCCAAAGACGCUGGCGGCCGUCCCCAGGGAUACAAAGGAUCUAAAUUCCACAGAAUCAUCCCCAACUUCAUGUGCCAAGGUGGAGAUUUCCUGAAAGGCGAUGGAACUGGGUCUACCUGUAUCUGGGGCUACAAGUCAUUCGAUGACGAGAACUUCAACCUGAAGCACGAACAGCCCGGCCUCUUGUCAAUGGCGAAUGCUGGUCCCAACUCCAACGGCUCCCAGUUCUUCAUCACCACAGUUCCCACGCCCUUCCUGGACGGCAAGCAUGUCGUCUUUGGAAAGGUUGUCGACGGUAUGGAUGUUGUGAAGAAGAUGGAGGCGACGAAGACGGGCUACCGAGGAAAGGAUGUGCCAAAUAUGGAUGUUACCAUCGCCCAGUGCGGUGAGAUGUAGAUCAUUUUCUGCUGGAAAUAAGAAGCAAUUGAUUUCUUUGAGAAGCUUGCUGCUCAAUCCGUCAGUACAAGGAGAUCAUGAGGAGACUGUUUAUCCAUCAUAACAGCACUUCUUACUAGGCACCAUUGGUAUUAUACAAUCUUUUAUCGUC